ACUUUUCUGUAUUAGUUCAGACAGGGUAAUACUCUUAUCCUCACUUUCAGAGUCACUGUCAUUGUCGGCGAACAACGCGACGACGCUUCUUGUGGUUAAUUUAACAAGGAAAAGAAACAACACGAAUUUGUUGGUGGAGUUUGAGUUAACAGUUUCGUCAGAAAUCCAAAUUUCUUCAAGCAACGUGUCUCUCAUUAAAAACUUGUAAUGAGCAGCGAGAAUACCGAUGAUAAAAAGUCGGGGGCUUCUGACCCUAAAGACACUGGAACGGGGCCUCGAAUCCGCACGCAAAGUGAAUGUUCAGUAACAAGCGACGAUGGGGCCCAGUCCGGCUCAGGAAAACGGCAAAGGACAACCUCUGCCCAAUUCAUGGUCUCCUCAGGCCUGACAUCAGCAUCGCCCCCUAAAUUCGUGUCUUUGGAAGAAAUAAUGCAAGCGGCAAACGGGAUGAAAGACAUGGCGCUAGUGCACCAAAUCGUCGUCGACGACGACUUCAAAUUGCAAAAAGUGGAGCCUGAACCCAACACACUGCAUAAAAUGGUAAAUGAUACCAUGCGAAAGGCCUUUUGGGACUUACUCCGGAAUGAACUCAACGAAGAUCCGCCGAGUUACACACAGGCGCUGGUCCUCUUGGAGGAUAUCAAGAAAGGGUUAUUUGCAGUCCUACUUCCGCAACACACUAAGAUCAAACAACAAAUAUCCGAGAUUUUAGAUAGCGAAUUGAUUAAGCAACAGGCGGAAAAUGGGGCUCUGGAUUUUGGGCAUUACGCUCAAUACGUAAUUUCUGUGAUGUCGAAAUUAUGCGCACCAGUCAGGGAUGAAAAAAUUAAAGAGUUGACGCAGACUACGGAUGUCAUCGAGACUUUCAAAGGGAUAUUAGAGACUUUAGAUCUGAUGAAGUUGGAUAUGGCGAAUUUCACUAUACAAGUGGUUCGUCCGGACAUAAUCGCACACAGCGUGGAAUUGGAGCGAAAAAAAUUCGCCGAUUUCCUGGCUGUUCAAAGCGACGGUCUCGAGCGCACCAAGAAAUGGAUGCUCAAGCACGUGGACACCACGGAACAGCCCCCUGCCAACCCGGCUGCGUACGAUUCGUUCAUCAAAACCGUGAUGAAAAAGGCAUCUUGGGACGCCUUUAUCGAUUUGAUGGAUUGGGAAGAGAACGAGCCGUACCCGGAGACUUUUAUGAUCGAUGAGGCGCGCUUGAGGGACUUGCAAGUGAAAACGAAUCGAUUGACAGCAAUCGGGACCAUUUUAUUGGUGACAUUAAGCAAUGCAGGUCCGGACUUGCAAUCAAUCGCAGAGUUCAAAGCUUCCCUCAAAGACCACAUUUCGAUUCUACUCCAAUCUAUUAAAAAUGACAAGGAUCUGAAACAAGUCUUGCCGAAUGUGGCCGAACAGGUGAUCUGUGAUGUCAAAGAAGCACAAAAGAAAUAUAAUAUUAACGUGAUGAAUGAUGUGAAUGAGGCGGCUUUGCGACAGCAAAUUGAACAAAUCAGUAAUGAGGAGCACAAGAUACGAUCUCUAGUUCGUCAACGGAUUAAAGAAUUCUUCAUGGAUAUUAUCGAGUCUUCAACUGCAGCACCGCAAAAAGUGCCUUCAGGAUUGAGUUCUCUUCAGAGGGAGCUAGCAGCUAUUGCAGGACAAUUUCUGCGAAUCGUCUCACACAAUAAUACAGUUUUCUGCAUUUACUAUUACAAUAUUGUAGCGGCGGCAUUACCUAAACCAGCUAAUUAAACUGAUUUCGCAUUCUCUAUUUCAUUUUAUUGGCUAGAAUAAUUUAAUACUUAAUCUGAGUGGAAACUGUUGUGAUAAAAUUGUAGUCAACUCAGCCACAAAGUGGCGCAAUUUAUUAACACUUCACUAUUUGUUGUGAUACUGACCUUUGUAUGUAUGAAACAGUAACUAGAUUUGUUUAACAAGCGACGGAGAAAAUAUUCUAUUCCAAAGUAGUUUUUUAGUAUAUUUUACGCAAAAACACAUGUAUCUCUAGUUAUUAAAAAAAUGAAAACUAAGUUGGCUUUCAAUAAAUGAUCAAAUAAAA